UCCUCCUCAUUCUCUCUCUCUCUCUCUCUUUCUGAUAACUUUCUCCAAAGAUCGAUCAAUAUGGCCGCCAAGGGAAGAGGUAGUGCAUCAUGGUUCGUUGGAGCUAUCGUUGCUCUUAUGUCACUGUUGUUGCUUCAUGCUGACUACGCUCAAGCAGCAACGUACACGGUCGGUGACUCUGGUGUCUGGUCCUUUAACGCUGUGGGUUGGCCUAAAGGCAAACACUUUAAAGCCGGUGACGUUCUCGUGUUUAACUACAAUCCGAGUAUGCACAACGUAGUGAAGGUAGAUGGUGGAAGUUACAACAGCUGCAAAACACCGGCAGGUGCGAGACCUUACACUUCAGGCAAAGAUCGUAUAACUUUGUCUAGAGGACAAAACUUCUUCAUCUGCAAUUUCCCAAACCAUUGCGAAAGCAACAUGAAAAUCGCAGUCACCGCCGCAUGAUCGAUCGUUGAGAAAAAUUAAAAUAAAUAUAGUUUGAUUACUUGUUAUGUUCUUAAUUACAAAAACAUAUUAAUUAAGUAUUCAAUAAAGUUCGUAUUAAAAUCCUAUAUAA